CCCAAGAGGAGAGGGGAGCAUCACCACCACGGCAGGGCACAUCACGUGACCACCUUGUCUGCUGCUGGCCGAGUGAAGCGUGUUAGCAGAUUUUUCUAUUUUGUACAUACAGAGUUUUGUAUAUACUGUAUAUGAUGAGCUCGCUGGGCGGCGAAAAGGCCCGGGGCCCUCGGGAAAAAGCGCUGCCUGCUGCUACUCAAACAUCACAACCACAAAAACAGAUACAGGCCACAGCUGAGCAGAUCCGGCUCGCACAGGUGAUCUAUGACAAGAAUGAUGCUGACUUUGAAGGCAAAGUUAACCAGCUGAUGGAGGUGACUGGGAGGAACCAGGAUGAGUGCAUGGUAGCGCUCCACGACUGCAACGAGGAUGUGAGCAGAGCCAUCAACUUUCUCCUGGAGAGCACCUCAGACAUGACCUCAUGGGAGACGGUAGGGAAGAAGAAACCGCUGGUGAAGGAGGGUCCGUCAGACAGCAAGGAGAACAAGGAAAACAGGGAGAAGAAAGGAGAGAGGGAGGCGAGCAAGGGCCGUGGGGCUGCCAACCGCAAGGGCAGGGGGGCCAGCCGCAGCCGACCGGUGCGUCCAGAGGAGAAUGGGGUGAUGGAAGUGAUGCCCGUGGACAGAGGUGCAGACCGAGGUCGCAGGGCCAGAGGUGCGGGACGAGGAUCUGCAGGAUCUGGAGGUCGAGGCCGAGGCAGAGGACCACCAGGGACCCGGUUCUCGGCCCAAGGCAUGGGGACCUUCAACCCAGCGGACUACACCGCAGAGUCCGGAUCAGGGGGUGCACAGGGUGAGAUGUGGGACACAGCGGGCACCAACAGCACAGAUGGCACAGUUACCUGGAGACAUACCUUGGAGGACUGGGCGUCUGAGGACUGGAGUGAGGAUGUCAGUCUAUCGGAGACCAAAGUGUUCACCGCCUCAUGUGCACCUGCUGCUGAGAACCACAUCACACCUGGGCAAAGUCUGGACCUCGCCUCUCUGCUGCAGAAGCCUGUGGGCGGAGGAAGAGAACCACCUUCGUCCUCUUCCUCUCAGAGUCUGGUCUUCACCAACUCCCACCACCACCACCAGCCACAGCAGCAACCCCCCCCCCCCGGCCGCAGCACCACCAGCAGCACAAGCUACGCUCAUGCUGCUCUGUCGUCAGUUCUGGGAGCUGGUUUUGGGGACCUGGGCCAGGCCAAGAGGCCUCCGCCCAGCGCCGGAGCUCAGAUACUGGAACAGCUGAAGGGUCCUGGCCUGGGUCCGCUGCCCUCGGCCCAGGCGGCGCCUCCUUCCAGCACCCAAGGGAGCAACCCCUCCAUGGGCCGACUGCCAGGCCUGGGAGCACCUGUACCUCCACCCUCCUCAUCCAGCUGGGACAUCAAGGCAUCAGAAUCCAACUCCACCUCACUGUCCUCACAGUUCAGCCGUGAGUUUGGCCUGCAGCCCGAGCCCUCUCUUGUGCUGAGUCAUCUGGUCCAAAGGCAUGCGGGCCCCUCCCUGCCUCUGGCCCGUCAGCCCAGUCCUCCAUCGCAACACCAAGCGCCCCCUGCUUCCGCCUCGCCCGUCCCCCACCUCACCGGCCCCCUGGCACAGGCAGGCCAGGCGAUGGCUGCUGGUGCUAAACCUCAUGUCCCCGGCGCAGGGCUGGACCCUCAGGGCGGCAACACGCCACAGCAGCAACGGGCACAGCUCAAAGUCCAGAAACGAAGGAUACCUCCAUCAUCAAAGGUACUAUUCCCCGCCACAGCGGUAGAGAUGCCGGGCUCGGCUGAAGUCCCGGGUCUGAAUCUCCAGUUCGGAGCGCUGGACUUCGGCUCGGAGUCGGCAAUGCCCGAGUUCGGAAUCGUCGACAAUUGUGUGAGCCAAUCCAGGGAGUCCACCCCGGCCCCCGCCCCAACUCUUCCUGCACCGGGACCAGGCAUCCAGAGCCAGACCAGCCUGUACUCCAAACCGCUCAGUGAGUCGCUGGGCAGCCCCCUCUCCGUCGCCCUGCCCCUGCCCCUCUCCUCAGCAGAGCCGGUGUACCACUCCUCAGUGCAGCUGCCCAACCUCACUCCCUCCUCAUUAGGGAGCGGCAUUCCCUCCUCUUCGACAGUCUCCUCCGCCUCCUCCUCCAUACCCAGCUCCUCCCACUACUCCUCAGUGGGGGGAGGUUACGAUGGGACCAUGCCCCCUCACUCACGACUGGCCUUUUCCCAGAGCAAAGAGGCCACGGGGCCAGUCAUGAAUGGUCUGAAUGGUGUGAGGACCUCUGCUGCUCUAGACACUUCAUCAGCAUCCUCCACUCCGAAGCCAGAGUCGCCGUCUCUGAACAUCUGCACCAACGGACCCUCGGCACCUUCCUCCCACCUCCCCUCCUCCAUGCCUCCACACAGCUCCACGCUCUCCAGCCUGGCCCAGGACAUGCCCUCUGCCAGCCAUCUCAACUCACACAACAGCCAUGUCAGCAGUCAUUCCUCAGCUAUGGGCUCCAGCGCUCUAACUUACACCUGUGUUGACAACAGCGGUGUGAGCUCGCUGGCUCCUUCCACGGGGUCGUACUCGCAGCCCUCGUCGCUCCACUCCUCCCACAACAGCAGCAUCAGUAGCAGCAGCAUCAGCCACCUGGUGAACAUGCCCAACAUGGGCGGCAGCAUGGGCAGCUCUGUGGGCGGCAUCAUCAGCGCCAGCGGACUCCACUCUGCCGCCAUGGCCGCCGCCAACUCGGCACUCGGACUCGGCUCCAAUGGAGCUAAUGCCACGUCCAACCUCAACGCACAGAGGAACAACCCCCUGCUCUCCUCCUCUGGUAAAGCUCCCCCUAACUUGUCACAGGGAGUUCCCCCUCUACUGCCCAACCAGUAUAUCAUGGGCCCCGGGGGGCUGCUGCCAGCAUACCCAAUCUAUGGUUACGAAGACCUCCAUAUGCUCCAGUCCAGACUGCCAAUGCCCUCUUUGCAGGAUUACUAUGGAAUCACAUUCCCGGGCCCCGCAGCGACUCUCUCUGGCAGAGACGGGGGCCUAGCCAACAACCCCUACUCAGGUGAAGUCACAAAGUUCGGCAGGAAUGACUCCACCUCCCCGGCGCCCCCCGCAAGCCUGGCAGCCCAGCAGCCUUCCCAGGGCCAGAGCCAAGGCCAGAACCAGGCCCAGCAGCAGCCCCCCCAGGCCCAGCAGCCCCAGGGCCAGCCGCAGCACCACAGCAGCCAGCAGGCCUUCCUGCCCCCGGGCUACAGCUACACAGGCCUGCCUUACUACGCGGGAAUGCCGGGCGCCGUGGCCAACGCUGCUGCCUUCCAGUACAGCCACAUGUUCGUUCCUCCCGGGGGUCCAGCCUCUGCCAAGCAGCACAGCAUGGGCCUGGGUCUGGGAAACCCCUCGGCCAGCCCCUUCCAGCAGCAGACGCAGCAGCAGCAGCCCAGCGGCUACGGACAGCACGCCUUCAGCUCAGGGUACGAGGAGCUGACAGCGGGGCCGGCAGGAGUCGACUACAGUAAAGGAUACAACUCCUCCUCACAGGCACAAGCCAAAUCUGCUGCUUCUGGGCCUGGCAAAGGCGUCUCCGUUACGUCCAGUAACUCGGGUGUGCCAGACAUCAGUGGAAGUGUUUACAAUAAGACGCAGUCUUUUGAUAAGCAGGGAUUCCAUGCGGGGACCCCUCCUCCCUUCAGUCUGCCAUCAGCACUGGGGGGCCCGGGGCCUCUGAACCCUGGAGCAGCUCCUGGAGGCUAUGCACCAGCUCCAUUCCUCCACAUCCUGCCUCACCAGCAACCACACUCACAGCUGCUGCACCACCAUCUUGCUCAGGAUGGACAGGGGGUUCCCAACCAGCGGGGCCAGUCCAACAGCCUGCAGCAGAAGAGCCAAGUCAACAAGUCGAGCUACGGCAGCUCCCCCUACUGGGCCAACUGAGACGGCCACAUCUGCAGUGUGUGUGGCGUGAACAUGGACACACACACCAACACACAGCACCACACCUGCGUGUGACGAGAUCAUAGAGGGACAAACCAUUUUACAACACAAGCUAAAAACACACACUACCACCCACCCUCCCCUUUGCUCUGUAUAUCCCCUUUUCAAAUUUAUGGCUGUUGUAUGUAAAAUAUAUUUAUGUAUGUAUUUAUACAGUAUAUAUGUAUUGGUAGGACAUAAAAUGUGGUAUUCUGCAUUUGGUUUUUAUUUUGAAGGACAUUUUAUUUCAAAAAAAAAAAAACAAUGUGGAAAGACGAGAAUGCUUAAUCAUGGAGAUGAAGUUGGUGAAUAUACUUGAACACAAGCAUCCUGUGAUGUGGAUUUUUUUGUAUGCAUACAUGAUCUGAGAGUGAUGUACAUAGAUUCUACACAUCAUUUUCACGGCAAAGGCCUUUUUUUAUUUUAGAAGAAAAACGUUUUUGUAACUUUGGUCUCCCGCAUCUGUGAAUCCUUAUAUUGAGGGUGACUUGAGUUGAUAGCUUGACUUUUCUUUCUGCCCCGUUUCCCUCCCAUCUGUCUCUCAUUCCUCAACUCUUACUAGUUGGCUGGUUUUCACCUGCCCGGCCUUGGAUUUGAUGUCAUUUUAACAUUGGUUUAAUCAUUGUUGUCCAAAUUAAAAGUUCUGAACAGUU